GUCCGUCACAGCUCCUCUGGACUUUACUCUGAGCAGGAUCAAACCCCGGUGACUUUAACUCAGAAUGGAUGUGAAACUGUUGGUUCUCGUAGCUGCGAUCACGGUGGUGACAUAUGCGCCUCCAUCACAAGCCAAGCCCAUCAGCCUGGUGGAGAGAUGCUACUGCCGCUCAACAGUCAACCACCUCCCAAGGGGCUACAUCCGAGAGCUCAGGUUCAUCCACACACCUAACUGCCCCUUCCAAGUGAUUGCCAAGCUGAAGACAAACAAAGAGGUGUGUUUGAACCCAGAGAUCCGGUGGCUGCAGCAGUACCUGAAGAACGCCAUCAACAAGAUGAAGAAAUCCAAGCAGGGCAACUAAAACGCCCCGCAGAGAUCUUCCUGAGCCAUCACUGAGGACCUGGACCAUCAUGAGAUCACCUGGUAUGUUGUUUGUCAGCACUUAUCCCGGCUGCCACGCCGCGGCGGCCUUUUGCAUGGAAUCAACCUACAACUCUUCACCGUGAACACUAGCCACCAGCCCUGCCACCGUCUUCACCGCCACCACCACUUCUCUCACCACUUAUAGAGGUCAUAGAUAUUAUUAGUGUAAAGUACAAUUAUAUCUAUGAGUGUAUGUUUUUCUAACUAUAUUGUAUAUACUUUUUGUUAAUGGACUUCAACAGUAAAGAGCUAUUUUUAGAGACUGUCUCAUCCCUGCGGCCUUUCUGUCAUUUAGGAAAAAGGAUCGACCUCAGGGUCUAAGUUUAAAGGGAGAGUUGUAGGUCAGUAGGUGGGUUUUCUCCACAACAAACACAAGUCAACAUCCCACUUGCAAGUAGCAGAUUCCUGUGGUCUGCUGGGCCAGUAGAAAACUGAUUUAUUUGAACAAAUCCUAAACAUGGGAUCUGGUUAUCUCUGAUUUUAAAUUGUGCAAACCGAUGAAUAACAUUAUAGCUUCCCUUCUAAAAACUGAGUAAUGUGUAGAGUUUGCCAAGAUGCAUUUCAUGUUUCAAGUUAAUUGGCACCAUGGAAUUUCAGUGGGUGCCAGCUACCCCCAGACUGAAUAUAAGAUGCAUUCAAGAUCCUAGUAAAAACAGCAAUUACAAUGUUUUUGUGUUGGAAAUUAAGAUGCCAAAAGAGCUCCAGCAUUUCCUGAGCCGUUCUGUGGCUGUGAGUAUGUGAUCCUGCUUUACCCAACAUGUCUGCUUCAUUCGCUCUUGGAGAAAAGCUGAACAUCUGGAUCCCAACUAUUUUUAAUUGAGCAAUAUUUACUGGAAUCAUAAAGCUGUGUCAGUUAAUGAGAGAUAGUAAGAACAAAUGAUGACACACCAAUCGCAGUUAGUGGAAUUACUAAAAGAUUUACUCAUGUUAUCUGGAUUCUGAAUGAAAUAACCUUUUAGUAUGAGUGUCCAUCUCGAACAAGGGGGUACAGAAAUCUGAAUAACAGAUACCAUAUCUGUAGUUAAAACACUACGUUAUACUGAGCACCACAGUCGAGAAAGCAGUACCAUUAGAGAUGUAUAUAGAUGUGACUACCUACAACUGUCAUGCAGAUAGCAAUGCACUUUAUAUCUGAUGUAUUCAUGUUUUAACGACAAAAAUUUACUAUUACUAAGUCUGAUCAUUAAAUUCUGUCUUUUGUCAUUAUUUUUUUUUUUAUGUUUAUCUCGCUGUUUCCAUUCUGUUCCUUUUGAUCAAUGAAUGUGUAGCUGCAUUUAACUGUCAAAGUCUGGGAGAUCUAUUCAUUUAUUCAUUCAAAUCUCCUUGUCAUAUGUGAAAUUAAUAUUAUGCAAAUGUUUUAUUUUUGUACUCUUUUAUGCAUUUAUAUAUGCAAGCAUUUAAAUGAAGGAACUGUACUCUCACAAUUGAGCCACCCAGCCAACGUUUUAUUGUAAAACUUGUAUGCAGUUGGUCAGUAAAAAAAAAGUAAAUCUUCAAAAUGUUAUGGUCACUCUUUUAA